AUGGGUUUCUGGAAGAGACUCACAGAGUUUCUCUUCAUCCACCGGUUCACAGACCAAACCAAGUUCUCUCAUACAUACUCCCCGGUUCAAGAUCUUUCCCUUGUCGAUGCUUUCGAUGCAAAGUCUAUUGAUGGAGCCUGCAACUCACCUACAAAUAGGAAGUGCUGGUCAACUGACUUUGACAUCUAUACCGAUUAUGAGGAAAUCAUUCCAGAGGGCAAAGUUCGCAAGUUUCUUUUGUGGGUUACUAAUGAAAGGAUCGCACCUGAUGGAUACUGGGUUGAUCGGAUGCUGUUCAAUGGAACGUAUCCUGGACCGACUCUCGAGGGGAACUGGGGAGAUACUUUUGAAAUCACUGUCGUGAAUAAAUUGACCAACUUCAACGGCACUUCGAUCCACUGGCAUGGUAUCCGCCAACUAAAUACCAACUGGAUGGACGGCGUAUCAGGCGUGACAGAAUGCCCGAUCCCAUUGGAGAGCUACACAAUAUGGAACAUCGUGGUAUCACAGUUAGAUGCCGAUGGGCUAGCAGGCGCUCUCAAGAUCAAUGGGCCGACUAGCAUGAACUACGAUGUUGAUCUUGGACCAGUUCUCAUCACUGAUAACUUUCACAAAACUACCUUCUCCCAAGUCCAACUCGAAUACCUAGGCCGCCCUCCAGCUCCUGACAGCAUGCUUAUGAAUGGCAACGGAAGAUACUAUUGCUGUCCCUCUCUAGACAAGAACUGCAAGGGUGACUCCAAACUCACAUCAUUCCACUUCGAGCAAAACAAGACUUACAAAAUGAGCCUCGUCAACACCGCUGCUUCAACGCACACAACCUUUUGGAUUGACAGCCAUAAAUUCUGGGUCGUGGCCACUGACUUUGUUCCCAUUGAGCCCUACGAAACAGACAUGAUCAACAUCGCCAUUGGCCAGCGCUACGACAUUAUUGUCAAUGCAACAGCUGUGAAGGGGCAUAAUAGCAGAAACGUGAACUUCUGGAUGCACGCUCGCGAUUGUCAGAACGGCGGCGCGAGGUCCAAUCUUGGCAUCAUCCGCUACGACGCUACUUCAAAGUCUAUCCCUUGGACACCUCCCCCCAGACAGGAUAACAUCUGCUACGGGUGCCAAGACGAGCCCAGUGAGAAACUCAAACCCAUUGUGAAGCGUAACAUCACACAGCACAAUGAGGACUACAUCAAAAACUCAUUCAAAGUGCAUCUCGUCGGGUAUCCCAACGAAUUCAAGAAGGACUCCAUGAUGCACAAAUGGGUCCUCGCCAAUUCGUCUUUCUAUCUUGACUGGGCAGAACCGAGCCUAAGUCUCGUCAAGAUUGCUUCUGAAAAAGGAUGGGAUAACCCUCAGUUUCCUGUUGGAUAUGAACCUGUGACUCUCGACUACAAGAAUGGAACGUGGGUUGCUUUUCUUAUCGAGGGCAAGUUUACAGAGUCGAUUCACAAUUCUACGACAAAGGGGCAUCGCAAGGUUUAUAAGACGCAAGCACCUGUCGCGCAUCCUAUUCAUGUGCACGGACAUGACUUUGUUCUUCUCGAUUCUGGAACUGAAGAGUUCAAUCCGAAAAACUUUACUCUUCAGCUGGACAAUCCUCCGCGUCGGGAUGUUGUACUCCUACCAGUCGAUGGAUACAUUAUUAUCGCCUUCCAAAUCAACAACCCUGGUGUUUGGCUAAUGCACUGUCAUGUAAGUUUCGCCGCACUCCCCAAUCUCGAUCCUCGGAAUUAAUGCUCCGCUCUCAGAUCGCCUUCCACGCAUCGGG